AUGGCUGUCAUCAACGAAACCCCCAAGACUUUCGACUUCAUCGUCGUCGGCGGUGGCACCGCAGGAUGCGUCGUCGCCGGCCGCCUUGCCGAAAACCCCAAUGUUUCCGUCCUCGUCGUCGAGGCCGGAAUCGACAACCCUGCCUCCGUCGACGCCAUCACCACUCCCGCCACUGCCUUUACCCUUCGAGGUUCCAAGUAUGACUGGUCUUUCAAGACUGGCAUGAUCGACCGCCCCGAGUACACGCGCAUUGAGAAGCCCAACACUCGCGGCAAGGUCCUCGGUGGCAGCUCGUGCCUCAACUACUACACCUGGAUCCCUGGCAGCGCUGCUACCUUUGACGACUGGGCUGAGUUUGGUGGAGAGGAGUGGACCUGGGACACCUGCAAGGAGUACCUGUACAAGCCCGCCACCUACCACGACGACCGUGGUGAGCACCGUCCUGAGCUCAAGUACAUUGGCCAGGGCGGUCCCCUCCCCGUGUCCCACUCCGACAUGCUCCCCGAGACCGAGGGCUGGCGCAACGCCCUGACCAAGGCCUGGGUCAGCAAGGGCGAGAAGCUCACCGACGACGUCCACAACGGCACCAUGAACGGUCUCUGGAAGUGCAUCAACACCAUCUACAACGGAAAGCGAUCCUCCAGCUGGCGCUUCCUCGAGGGCAAGCCCAACGUCACCGUCCUCGGGGAGACCAAUGCCAAGAAGCUCAUCUUCGAGAACGGCAAGGCUGUUGGCGUCGAGGUCAUCGCCAAUGACGGCUCGACCCUCGCCCUGCACGCCAAGUACGAGGUCAUCGUUUCUCUCGGCGUCUACGAGACCCCCAAGCUUCUGCUCCUCUCCGGAAUUGGCCCCGAGGCCGAGCUCGCCAAGUUCGGAAUCGAGACUGUCGUCAAGUCUGAGCACAUCGGCCAGAACCUCCUCGACCACCCCAUCCUGCCCCACGUCUUCAAGCUCAAGGACGGGUUCGGCCUCGACGGCCACCUCCUCCGCCCCGGUCUGGAGAAGGAUGCCGCCGCCUCUGCCUACCGCUGGAAGAACAAGGGCCCCUACACCAGUGGCCUGCUUGAGCUUGUCGGCCUUCCCCGGAUCGACAAGUACCUCGAGAAGGUGCCCGAGUAUGUCGAGUUCAAGAAGGCCAACGGCAACGUCGAUCCCUUCGGCCCUGCUGGUCAGCCUCACUUCGAGAUCGACUUCGUCCCCAUGUUCUGCGAUGCCUUCCAGUGGCACAUUCCCACCCCUCCCAAGGGCGACUACAUGACUGUCAUCGUCGACCUUCUGCGACCCCUCUCCAAGAACGGUACCGUCACUCUCAACUCGACCAACCCCCUCGAGCAGGCCAACAUCAACAUCAACUUCUUCUCUAACGACCUUGACUUGGUCGCUAUGCGCCAGGGUGUCCGCUUUGUUGACGACAUUCUGCUAAACGGAGAGGGCAUGAAGGACAUCAUCGAGGAGGACUACCCCUGGGCCAUGCCUCGAACUUCGGAUGAGGCCAUGGAUACCAUGAUCAAGGAGCGAUCUCAGACCGGCUUCCACCCUUGUGGCACUGCCCGCCUCGGCAAGGACAUUGAGCAGGGUGCCGUUGACUCCAAGCUCAAGCUCUUCGGAAUCGACAACCUCCGAAUCAUUGACGCAUCCAUCAUCCCAGUCAUUCCUGAUUGCCGCAUUCAGAACUCGGUCUACAUGAUUGCCGAGAAGGGUGCCGACAUCAUCAAGGCUGCCUACCCUGGCCUUUACUCCAACUAA